AUGACUUCGCGGCAGCUCUCGGGCUGUGGAGUCCACGCCCUCCAGGUGUUGCUGCUACUGCUGCUGCUGCUGCUCCCGCUGCGGGUGACACCGGGUACCACAUGUCCAACCCCCAUAUCUGUUGAGCAUGCAGACAUCAGGGUCAAGAACUACAGUGUGAACUCCAGGGAGAGGUAUGUCUGCAAUUCUGGUUUCAAACGGAAAGCGGGCACAUCCACGCUGACCGAGUGUGUGAUUAACAAGAACACAAACACUGCCCACUGGACAACUCCUAACCUCAAGUGCAUCAGAGACCCCUCCCUGGCUCACCAGAGUCCAGUGCUACCUUCCACAGUAGUGACGCCAAAGGUGACCCCACAGCCAGAGAGCCCCUCCCCUCCCCAAAAAGAGCCAGAAGCUGUAUCUCCCAAAUCAUCUGAUACCACAUUGACCACCCAGACAACUAUUGUGCCAGGCUCCGGGCUGACACCAUCCCAACCAGCUUCUGCAGGAACUACAGGGACAGGCAGUCAUGAGUCCUCCCGAGCCCCAUCUCUUGCAACAACAACGAUCUUGGAGCCUACUGCUUCCCCUUCCCUUGGGAUACCAGAGAUUUCUCCAAACACCUCCAAAGUGACCAAAGUGGCCGUCUCCACAUCGGUCCUGGUCCUCUUGGUUGUUGCAGGACUUGCGGUUUUUCUCGCCAGGUACAUCAGAUCAAGGCAAGCUUCUCAGCCACGUGAUGUUGCAAUGGAAACCAUGGAAUCAGUGCCAAUGACUGGGGACGAGCAGCAAUGAGGAUGACACAGGAGCCUAACCACACAACCGCCGAAACUCAAGGAAACCUGCCCAGCUGAGUCUAAUGAGAAGGGGUAAAGGCAGCUCCGUGUUAGCUAAGGAGUACCAGGACACAGGGAGCUGGGCACCAGGAGGAAGUGCACCGUGGUAAUGCAAGGUCUCCGGAACGAGCCGCUUUACUGUGUCUGGAUGUCUCCCACGUGCACACCUGGGUUCUCUGGCAUCUGGAAGGACACCACCCUUCUACCUGGCUCAGCAGAGAGACCGGCUUCCCACAGUGGCAGCAGCUUGAGCUCUCCUGGGAGACUCUCAUGGUCUCCAUAAAAGCCUCUGAUUUCACUCCGACAUCGACUCAAAAUAGCUUAUUAGCUAGGCCAGUGGUUCUCAAUCUAUGGGUCGUGACCCCUUUGGGGGUGGAGGGGCAUCAAACAACCCUUUCACUGGGGUCACAUAUCAGACGUCC